AUGGAAUACGAGGCUGCACUGAGGGAACGUUGGGACGAUUUGACGAGCUGUGUUGGCGAAGAAGUUAGGAACAAGUGGUGGGCAAAGAUCAGAGAUGCAUAUUCAGAGACCCACCGUCAUUAUCACACAUUGGAACAUCUUUCUUUGAUGUUCAAGUUCUAUGACAUGUACAAGGAUCAACUGAAUAACCGCUGUUCCUUGAUGUACGCUAUUUUCUUCCACGACAUAGUCUGUAACCUCAAUUCCCAGUCGAAUCCGCAGGAUAGUUCAGCCGUGUUUGCCGAAUUUAGCAAAGAGACAACCUUCGAUCAAGUUAACUCUGUGAGAGAUCUCAUCGAGGCGACGAACAAUUGCAUUCCGGAUGCCAGUGUUACGGGUCGUUUCGGAGAGGACGACGUUCAUUACUUUAUGGAUUUUGACAUCGCUGUUCUGGCUUCCUCACCUGAAGGUCGGGCAAGUACAAUCAUCAUAAUUGACAAUGACAAAUGUUAUUUUUAA